AGUAAAUGUGUGGACGUGUGGAGCAAAUUUGUAAAUGUGUAACAUAGAGAGAUUCUCUCAUCUCAAGAAGAUAACACAUUUAGAAGCCAAGGUGAACUCACCUAUCACUUUCUUUAUCCAAAUUGUCUUCAUUCCUUAAAUAAGUCCUCUAUGGUUUGAAUUUCUAUACCCAUUUUCAAUUAAAAUAUAAUCAACUAAGUAUAAAAAAACAAAACAUAUAAAAUCUCCAUUGCAUCAAGUACAAGUCAUUGUAGCAUUCUUGUCCUUGAUUUCUCAAUUGUUGAUUGGGGAAAGAAAAAUUACCUUGUAUUUUUAUCAAUAUUCAAUGUCAUCACCCUUCCUUUGUUUCCCCCCAUUUUAAACCCCAUAUCCCCAUGAAGCACUUUUUUUGAGGAAUAGCACAUUGGCUUCUUUUGAAGAAACAACUACUUUCUAAGGUGUGAAUAAACAUCAAGAUGGCCGGGGCAUUUAAGAAUUGUAUCACACUAUGUUGCGCCAAAAAGCCUUCGGUUGUAGAAGAUAUGGCGAGUAACGGUAAACCGAUUCACAUCGAUGACGCCAUUAACGGACUCAAGAAGCUUUUGAGCGAGAAAGAAGACCUACAAACCGUGGCGGUUGCGAAGAUCAAACAGCUAACUGCGGAACUGGAAGGUGUGGAUGCGGGUGAGUUUAACGCAGUGGAGAGGAUUCACGACGGUUUUGCUCGGUUUAAAAAGGAGAAAUAUGAAACAAACCCCACUUUGUAUGGUGAGCUUGCUAAAGGCCAAAGUCCCAAGUUUUUGGUAUUUGCCUGCGCGGAUUCUCGAGUUUGCCCAUCGCACAUCCUGGAUUUUCAACCUGGCGAAGCCUUUGUGGUCAGAAACAUUGCUAACAUGGUUCCUCCAUAUGAUACGAUAAAACACUCAGGAGCAGGUGCUGCCAUUGAAUAUGCAGUGCUCUACCUAAAGGUGGAGAAUAUUGUAGUCAUUGGACACAGCUGUUGUGGUGGGAUUAAAGGACUCAUGUCCAUCCCUGAUGAUGGAACCGAAGCUAGUGAUUUCAUAGAACAGUGGGUUAAAAUCGGUUUGGCUGCCAAGAGCAAAGUGAAAGCAGAUUGCAGCGAUUUGGAGUACUCGGAUCUAUGCACCAAGUGUGAGAAGGAGGCUGUGAAUGUAUCUCUAGGGAACCUAUUGACAUAUCCAUUUGUGAGAGAAGCUGUGGUGAACAAAAAGCUUUCACUAAAGGGAGGACAUUAUGACUUUGUGAAUGGAUCUUUUGACCUUUGGAAUCUUGAUUUUGGCUUUUCAUCAUCUCUCAUUUAAAGGAUUUUCACUCUUCAUCUACAAAACUUGUUUACAUAUAUUAUCAAUAAGACAAUAACUAGGCUUAAAAAUCUUUUAUUAAGUCUUGCUUUGCAUCAAAUUUGUAAAGUUUUGGGUAUGUUUCUAUAUAUGUAUUUUCAAUUUGGUUGUAUCUAUAUUUUCGUUUCGAAUAAUGUUGGUUUAUUUGUAACAUCCGGUGUUUUGAUCGGAGUACUUUAUGUAACAUCCCGUGUUGUUAAAGAAAGUUUGAUAUGAAUAUGCUUACAUCUUUUAUC